UGGUUGAAGCACUAUAUUCCAGUGUUCCAGGAAAUGGAAAUCCCAGUGAUAAAGAUGGAUGAGCUGCAUGGAGAGAAGAGGUCAGAGACACUUCAGCUACUCCAUGAUGCCUGUGCUCAAUGGGGUUUCUUUUGGCUUGAGAACCAUGGGAUCAACGAGGAUCUCAUGUACAAAAUCAAGGGAUUGGUGAACAAACACUAUGAGCAAAGCAUGGAGAAGAACUUCUACAAUUCUGAGACGGCAAAGAACCUAGGUCCUGAUAAUGUUGUCUCAAAUGUUGACUGGGAGUGCAGUUUUAUGUAUCGUCACCAGCCAGAAUCGAACAUUCAUGAUAUUCCUGAGCUGGUCCGUACCACUCUUCCUGAAUAUGCUGAAGAAGUAAUCAAGUUGGCAGAGCGGCUAGCAGAAGUUAUGAGUGAGAACCUUGGGCUUGACAAGGAUUACUUGAAGAAAGCGUUUUCUAAUCCUUCCGUAGGCAUAAAGGCGGCCAAGUACCCUAGGUGCAGUCAUCCCGAAUUUGUGAUGGGGCUCCGCGGACACACUGACGCUGGGGGAAUCAUACUUCUACUCCAAGAUGACUUGGUCCCUGGUUUGGAGUUCUUGAAAGAUGGUAGAUGGAUGCCAAUACCACCAACACAAGGCAAUCAAAUUUUCGUAAACCUUGGAGAUCAGGUUGAAGUGAUAAGCAAUGGAAUAUAUAAGAGCAUUUGCCAUCAGGUAGUACCCAAUAAGAACGGGAGCCGCCUAUCUAUCGCAACAUUCUACAACCCAGGUCCUGAUGCUAUAGUCUUCCCAGCUCAAAAGCUUACGUAUCCUAGUCAAUACCGUUUCAAAGACUACCUCGAAUUUUACUCCACUACGAAGUUCACUGACAAAGUAUCAAGGUUCCAAACUACAAAGAUGAUAUUUAAGUGACCGACAUGUCAAAGGCUACAUACAAUCUGUAUGGUGUACCUUCCUAGAGGAAAAGUCAAGUGGUCCUUAUAAAAAGUAUUAGCUGUACUGCCAAGUCUUUAUUUUCAUUAGAGAAUAAAGUGCUUGCUUUAACUUUAUCUAUUGUAACUUAUACAUUAAUAUCAAAUGUAUGGAUUUCAAAUUUCCGUGUCUGAAGAAAAUAGCAUAAGAUCUGUGGCAAAAAACAGUUGGCGGUGAUAAAAAUUAUGUGGUUAUACUAUGUUAAUAUGCUACGACCACUGAAGACUUAAUACGCUAGAUUUACUUCAUUGCCUUACUGUGAUGAUAUUGUUUUAUGACUUAUCAUAUGCCACAUGUUAAAUAUGUGAAAUAUGACAGUUACCAGCAAGGACUAUGAAGCAUGUUUAUACAAGAAAUCAUGCCAUUGUCAGCUGAUUCAUUCAAGAACGAAGAAGUGACAAAGAAGGUGUGCCUAUGGCAGAGAAUUAUGGCAUAACAGAGAUUGGUCUCCUGGUCCCACUUGUCAUACACUCAUUUCUUUGCAAAGAUAUACCACAACCCCUGGUGAACAAAUUGUCCACCAGAAAAUGUGUGAUAUGCCAUACUUAUCAAACAAAGAGCUGCUUUACGAAAAAUCCUCCACUGGUAGAAAGACCAUGCAAAUAUGAUAAUUUGAUCGUCUUGUUAAAGAAAUAGAUUUCCAAAGAUAGGCUCCUUCUAUAGAUAGAUGGAAGUGUAUUAAAAAUAAAAAAGAUAAGAAUAGCUAUACCCUCACAAUCGUAACCACCCGUGUAAUCCAUACCGCAUUUUGAUGGCUAUAUAAACAAAGAUAUGCUGCCUCGAGAGGUGAGAACGCUUCCACCAAAAUUUACACGGUACCAAAGCGACCUCCUAAUAGAUAUAUCUAUUUUCCAUGAGCGCAUCAUCUUCAUCUACUCCAGCUAGUGCCUUGCCGUUUGGUGUACCAGUGACAGAGAAGCUAGGGAAGAGCAAUUAUUUGCUAUGGAAGGCACAAGUCCUUCCUACCAUGAGGGGAGCCCAAAUGUUCGGCUACCUCGACGGCACCAUCGUCACCCCAUUGAAGGAGAUCGGGGUAAAAGAGGGUGAAAUGAUCACCCAGGCGCCAAAUCCGGCGUACACCUAGUGGAUGGCCUCAGAUCAACAAGGCCUAGGCUAUCUCAUGUCGUCCCUCACGUGUGACAUUGUGAGACAGGUGGUGUAUGUAACAAUGAUGACAAAGGUAUGGAAGGCGCUCGAGGAUGUUUUCCUUGAAACCCAUGCACAUGCGGUCAACAUCUAGAUUGCACUAUCUACUACAAAGAAAAUUAACAUGUCAAUCAAUGAAUAUAUCACUAAGAUGAAGGCUUUAGGAGAGGAGAUUGCAGCUACUGGAAAGCCGACAACAUGAUGUCUUCUUCAUAAAGAGGCUUUCCAGUAGCGGCAAUCUCAUCUCCUAGAGCUCUCAUCUUAGUGAUAUAUUCAUUGAUUGACAUGUUACUUCUUUGUAGUAAAUAGUGCAAUCUAGGUGUUGACCGCCUGUGCACGAGUUUUCAAGGAAAACAUAUCGUUCAACGCCUUCCAUACCCGCGUCAUCGUUGUUACAUACACCACCUGUGUCACGAUGUCGCGUGACGGACAGCAUCAGAUAGCCCAUGACUUGUUGAUCCGAGGCUAUCUAUACGUACACCAGAUUUGGCGCCUAGGUGAUCAUGUCACCCUCUUUUACGCCGAUCUCCUACAACGGGACGACAAUGGUGCCGUCGAGGUAGCCGAACAUUUGGGCUCCCCGCUCCCCUCAAGGCAAGAAGGACUUGUGCCUUCCCUAGCAAAUAAUUGCUCUUUCCUAGCUUCUCUGUCACCGGUACACCAAAAGUUGAGGCACCGGCUGGAGCAAACGGAGAGGAUGUGCUCAUGGCUAAUAGAUGUAUCUAUGAGGAGAAUACUGUGAUACUUUAAAUUUCAUGACAGAACCAUUGCUUUUGAGUGAUAUAUAACAGAUUUGUAUUCCACAUGUGAACGCAAAUAAAAUUUCCUACAGUACUUCAAUUGCCAUAUUAUAUACGAACUUCCAUGGUUUCUUGAAAUAAAAACAUAUCCAUUUCAAAACUCAAAUAAAACAGUUCAUUCAUGAAAUCACAUAUUUCAGAUAAUCUGAA